AUGGAUGAACACGACGACUUCGACAGCGUCUCCUGGAGGAAUGACGCAGAGAGCGAUGUCUCUCGACCUACCACCUCGGGCACAGACGCCGACGAGGCGCAAAGAUAUGAUCAAAACACCAAUGGCAAGCGGAGGAUGAGCUCCGCACACGAAGAACCCCAGGCUGGCCCGCUAGCCGAUGCUGUCGAUCUCGCUGGUAUCGGCGACGGCGUGUUGGAAUGCCGCGUCGACUCGCCGCUAAAGGAGGGCGACGGUACAAAAGAUGCAUAUAUCUCCUACCUUGUUACAACUCAUACCGAUUUCAAGUCAUUCCAGAAACCCGAAUUUAGUGUGCGGCGACGGUUUACCGAUUUCUAUUUUCUGUACAAGACGCUCUACCGCGAAUAUCCAGCCUGCGCUGUGCCCCCUCUUCCCGACAAGCACAAGAUGGAGUACGUGCGAGGAGACCGAUUCGGACCGGAGUUCACAACACGGCGAUCAUGGUCACUGCAUCGCUUUCUGAAGCGCCUUACGCUGCAUCCGGUGCUUCGCCGCGCCCCGCUGCUUAUCAUUUUCCUCGAGUCACCGGACUGGAAUGCACAUGUGCGGUUGCACUCGACACGCGGGUCGACAACUGCCUCGUCGGAAAAUUCAGGGACUGGGAUCUUCGAUAAUUUCACAGAUACAUUCGUCAACGCUUUUACUAAGGUGCACAAGCCGGAUCGGCGGUUUAUUGAGGUGAAGGAGAAGGCGGAUAAGUUGGACGAAGAUCUCUCGCACGUGGAAAAAACCGUCGCAAGGGUUGCGCGGCGCGAGUCUGAUCUAGAGACGGAUUACACGGAGCUGGCGACGCAGUUCCGCAAGCUUGUCCCUCUCGAGCCGGCUGUCGAAAUGCCUUUGCAGGUGUUUGCCGCUUCGGUAGAGGAGACUGCGCGUGGGGUACAUGAGUUGAGGGAUCAUACAGACCAGAACUACCUAGGCUCGUUGCGCGACAUGGAAGCGUACAUUCUCUCAGUUAAAGCGCUGUUAAGAACCCGGGAACAGAAGCAACUCGAUUUCGAAGCUCUGGUCGAUUACCGCAACAAGGCUGUCGCUGAGCGCGACUCGCUCGCUGCCAAUCCGGCCGCUUACUAUGCAUCUAACCCACUUACUUCAUCUCCUGCCUCCUUCAUCCGUUCCAAGAUGGAGGACAUGCGCGGCGUUGACCAUGAGCAAUCUCGCCGCGAGCGUGUCCGAAAGCUUGAGUUACGCAUCGACGAGCUUACCCGCGAAGUCGACUCAGCCAAAACCACGUCCGAGAUGUUCGACGAAGAAGUCGUCCGCGAAGUAGCAGACUUUGAGCGCAUCAAGGCGGUUGAGUUCCGCGAUUCUCUCGGUGCCUUUGCCGAGUCCCACAUUGACUUUUACCAAGGUGUCCUGUCUACCUGGGAGCGAUUCAUUGCAGAACUGGAGGGCGACUCUGAUAUGGGCCUCGAGUCUGACCCCCACACUGCUGGGCCGCGGUAG